UUUUGGAACUUUACGUGUGCUCAACCCACUGAGAUUCCGUCUAAUUGUGUUGCCGGUUUCUUUCUUUCUUGCUUGCUCGUUCGUUGCCUGAGUCUUUCGUUCAGCUGUGCUGUGUAUUUGUCGUGGCAUUUGUUUGGAUAAAUUAAACAACAUAAUGAAAUACACAUUGAUUGCUCUUGCCCUCUUCGCAGCGGCUGCUUCUGCCUCUUCCGCUGGCCAAUUCGUGCCGCGUGCCUUCUUCACAUUGGACUCUGAGGGUCACCAGUCGAACGUGCAUCCCGUCAACGAGCAUAUUCUGAGACGUUUGCGUCGUCAAGUCUUCGCAUCGUCGUCAUCUUCCUCCUCGUCGUCCUCGUCGUCGGGCAAUGGCCAGAACUUUGCGUCAACCUCUCAGGUUGUCCAGCAUCCUGAUGGCUCUGUAACCUCGGGACAAUCCUACACCCAGCAGGUGGUUCCAGCUGUAGGAGGAAUCAUUCAGAACCGUUUCAGCGAUGAUUCACCCACAAGCGGAAGUGCCUAUGGCACCAAUAACUACAAUGCUUAUGGAACCAACAAUGCUGCCAGCUAUGGAGCCAACUACAAUCCCUCGUACUCCACAGGCGGUUCCAUCUCCAGCAACACUGCCAGCUUUGGCUCCGCUGGUGUCCCCAUCACCCAGAUUCAUCAAACUGUCACACAAACAGAUGCCUCUGGCAACUCGGUGACCACCACCCUAACUGGCCACACCGACCAGAGCGGAAACCUGCACACACAGACCCAAAAGACACAGUACUAAGUGAAAAGAAGUUUGGCCUAUUUUAUUUUUUCGAAAAUUUAAUUGUAUUUGGAGCAGUAAAGAUGUAGUUUUAAAAUA